AUGGCUGCAACUAAUAAGGUCUUUAUUGCCAUCAUAGGCGCUGGAGGUGUUGGCAAAUGUUUCCUUUCGCAACUCGAAGCCCUAUCGAAGCGACGCCCGACACCAAAGCUUAGUCUCUGCUAUAUUUCUACUAGCAAGAAAGCUCUCUUUAACGACAACUUCUUCAUCGAUAUUAAGAACGUCCUCCAAGAACUCGACUCCUCGACCAAGCCCCCUCUAAACUUGCCUCAGGUAGCAGAUUACUUAGCUGCAGCGCCUUCCAAAGUCAUUCUUGUGGACAACACCAGCUCGCAGGAUGUGGCGAAUACCUAUCCCCUCUUCCUGAGCCGCGGCAUCAGCAUAGUUACUCCCAACAAGAAGGCGUUCUCCGGAUCAUACAAGCUAUGGCAGGAUAUCUUCACAGCUGCUGCUACAUCUGGGGCUAAGGUGUACCACGAAUCCUCGGUUGGAGCUGGACUCCCGGUUAUCUCAACACUAAAGGACCUAGUGGAUACCGGUGAUGAGGUUACUAAGAUCGAGGGUGUAUUCAGCGGAACCAUGUCUUUCCUCUUCAAUUCGUUUGCCCCUGUCGAGGGAUCUGGUGGCCAAUGGUCUGCCGAGGUCAAGAAGGCGAAGGAGUUGGGUUACACAGAGCCAGAUCCUCGGGACGAUCUAAACGGAUUCGAUGUUGCCAGGAAGCUGACCAUACUUGCGCGAUUGGCCGGUCUGCCUGUUGAGUCACCCACCUCUUUCCCCGUGCAGAGUUUGAUCCCGAAGGAAUUGGAAUCUGUCGCUAGCGGUGACGAGUUCUUGCAAAAACUACCCGAAUUUGAUUCUCAAAUGGAGGAAACAAGAGUCGCGGCGCAAAAUCAAGGCAAGGUGGUAAGGUUUGUCGGAAGCAUUGACGUUGCCACUCAGGAUGUCAAGGUCGGUCUAGAAAUGUUCGAUAAAUCGCACCCGAUCGCGGCGCUAAAGGGGAGCGAUAACAUUAUUAGUUUCUACACGAAACGAUAUGGUGCAAACCCGCUCAUUAUACAAGGCGCUGGCGCAGGAGGCGAGGUGACGGCGAUGGGAGUCACUAGCGAUUUGCUUAAAGUACUGUCUCAAAUUUCGUAGAUAAAAGUUGAGGUACAAAAAUUCUAUCG